AAAAACUUUUUUUGUAUCGAAGGAAUCAACGGCCGCCAUCUUGUUGUGGCUCGGAAUCGGGAUUUCGGCCCCACACUGGCUUUUACGUUGAAAUUGACCAUCCUCGCUGCUUUAUGACAGCGUCCCGCCCCCCCGAAAACGCAACCUUAUCAUCACCUCGGCGGCAUUUUGUGCGAAAACACGGGAGUCUGCUCGGUGGUCGGUAUAUCGGAUCCCCCCCCUCCUCCUCCCUCCUCCAGAGUGCGCCGGGCAGUAUUGUUUACGGUUGAGAAGAAGAGAAGUGCAAACAAAUCUCCUUUUUUUUUGUUUUUUGUAUGCCAUUUUUUAUUGUAUUUUUUGUUUUUUGCAUGAAGAAAUAUGACGUCACGCGAAAUGAGUACUUUGAACGGCUAGAAUUUACGACCUUUUCAUCGGAAUGCGGCACUGUACCUGACCUCAUUGGAUUGACGCCCGGGGAGUUGGAGCUUUUCAUUUUCACCGUUUAAUGCUCAUAAUGUGGCUGCUGGGUGUCGGGGUUAUCAUGGGUUGAAUGGCGAUGGCGAAGCGGGGCGCUGUUGCAUCUCUUUUGAAGACACGCACCACCACGGAGGAGCUAAAGUGCUAUUAGCUGUUAACUUAGCGUAUAGCGGGCGUUUUUGAAGCUAGCUAUUUGUCAGUUAGCAGACGUUAGCAGGCGUGCUAAUGUGCUAACCCGACUAAAAUCCAACUAUAAUCUCGGUUAUCGUCUAUACUGAACGGUGGGAGAACCAUGGCUGAGAACCUGCUGGACGUCGGACCUCCGAGCUCUAAGCGGCCCAGACUGAAUUCACCUGCCCUGUCAGCGUCCGAUGGAGCAGAUCUUGGGUCACUGUCUUGGGACGAUUUGGAAAACGACCUUCCAGAUGAGCUGAUACCCAAUGGUGGGGAUCUGAGCCUGAUGGGUGGAAUGUCCACAAAUGGAGGCUCAACACCUGUCGCUGGUGGGCCGGGUGGUGGCACUGUGCUCCCAGAUGCUGCCGCAAAGCACAGGCAGCUCUCAGAGCUCCUACGAGCCGGUAGCACCUCUACAAUCACAGGCGCAGGACUGAGCUCUGGUAGCCCACAACCAGGAAGUAUGGGCCCUCAGCAUGGAACACCAUUGGGAAAAAGCCCCCUUGGUCAAGGCUCCCCCAACAACCACUCAUCCCCUCAAGGCCAAAAAGCAGGAACAGCAACUGGAACAGCAGGGCCGAACAACAACAAUGCUGCCACAUUGAGUAUGAACAAUCCAGGCUUCAACCAGGCCUUGAUGAAUAACAACCAGGGUCAUUCUGGGCUACAAGCUCAGGGUGGUCAGUCUCAACCUGGGCAAGUCAUGAACGGGGGACUUGGGCCCGUAGCUGGAAGAGGACGAGGAUCAGGGGUGGUAGGGCUACAGUACCAGGGACAGACAUUGCAAGGAGCUUCGCCGGGAACGAUAGGAGCUAGCAGUGCUUUGGCAGAUACGCUUUCACAGGGAGGACAGCAGAUGGGUGCACAUGCUACGCUCAGUCCGGGACAGCAAACAAGCAACAUGAACAAGAUGGGCUUGGGUAGCAGUGGGGUUCCAUUUGUGACUCAGUCCUAUGGACCGGGAGCUGCAGGGCCUGGCCAGCAGAUAAACCCUCAGCAGCAUCCCCAGAACAAGACUGCCCUUGCCAACAGUCUACCACCUUUUCCCAGUGAACUCAAGGGGGCAGCUGUUACCAGUGUGCCAAACAUGCAGCAGCCGCAGCAGCAGGCAGCCAUGCUGCCCGUGGCCAGUGGUGGAGGAAUGGCAGUGCCUUCAGCAGGCCCGACAGCUGACCCUGAGAAGCGCAAACUGAUCCAGCAGCAGCUGGUACUUCUGCUCCAUGCACACAAGUGCCAGCGACGGGAGCAGGCUAAUGGAGAGGUACGAGCCUGUGACCUACCCCACUGCCGCACCAUGAAGAACGUCCUCAACCACAUGACCCACUGCCAAGCUGGGAAAUCAUGCCAGGUGGCUCACUGUGCAUCAUCCAGACAGAUCAUCUCCCACUGGAAAAACUGCACACGACACGACUGUCCGGUCUGCCUGCCAUUGAAGAAUGCUAGUGACAAGCGCACACAGCAGCCCAUGAGUUCCCCAAAUGCUGCUCUCCAGAACCCCAUGUCUGCAGUUGGUGGGGGCCAGUCCAAUGCUCCUUCUAUCAAUACCUCAACCCCAAUAGACCCUAGCUCUAUGCAGAGAGCCUACGCAGCACUUGGGCUGCCUUACGGUAGCCAAGCCACUGGGCAUGCCCCGACCCAACAGACCCCAGGUUCAGGGCCGCCGACAGGUGCACAGAAUGCCCAGGCCCAGCAAAUGAGAACCAUCAAUGCACUUGGUAAUCAGAAGUCCCUUGCAGGUGCCACAAUUGGUGUGACUACUUCGGAACAGACCAACCUGCACACAGACUCUCUUCCCAACACACUCAACACUAACAAUCAGCUGUUGUCAGACGGAUUAGCCCCAAGCACAAUGAGCAAUCUGCCCACAGCAGCACCCAUCUCCGCAACAGGCACUAGGAAAGCCUGGCAUGAGCAUGUCACCCAGGACCUGCGCAAUCAUCUUGUACACAAACUAGUGCAGGCCAUAUUUCCCACCCCUGACCCGGCAGCAUUGAAGGACAGACGAAUGGAGAACCUAGUUGUGUAUGCCAGAAAGGUGGAGGGGGACAUGUAUGAGUCAGCGAAUAGCCGGGAUGAGUACUAUCAUUUCCUUGCUGAAAAAAUUUAUAAAAUUCAAAAGGAGCUAGAGGAGAAAAGACGCUCACGGCUGCCAAAGCAGAUCAUCAAUCAGGCACCUAUGACAACCCAGGGCACCCAGCAGCCUUGUCUCCCACAACCCAACACCUUAGGCCCCAGGCCACAGAAUGGACCUGUCCCUCUGCCCAACAUGCCAAAUCAAAUCAUAAACCGCAUGCAGGUUCCCCAAGGAAUCAACCAAUUUAAUCACAUGGCUCUGCCGAACGCACAGAUGUCUCAGGCGACAAUGGGGACCCGAGCUGCCUCUCCAAUGGCCCACCCUCAACAAAUGAAUAUGAGCUCUGUCCCAGCGGUGGGCAUGUCACCCUCCAGAAUGCCUCAAGCCCAGGGUAUGAUUGCCAGUCACAACAGUGGCAACAUUGUGGGCCAGACAGCCAACCAGGGACAGUUUAUGGCUCAGACUCAGUUCCCUCCGGGAUCUACUGCUGUUUCUGCAAUAGGAGCAAUGAAUGUCACUUUGACACCCGGUAUGGGUCAGCCACAAGCACAGGCUGCUGUGACCCAGCAGCAGCAGCAGGGUGCUAACCCCCCCAUGAAUGCACUUGGCCCCUCGUUAGGCACUCAACUAGUCUCCUCCCAAACCCCCUUGCUCUCAACACCUCCGCCUGCUGCCUCUUCCGCCUCCACAGCUGGGGCUGUCACUAACCCGCCCUUCCCCCAGUCCUCCAGCCGUAGUGCCACUCCCACCCAGUCUGGUCUUGCCUCUACCCAAGGUGCCACUCCACCCUGCCCCUCUCAGCCCCAAACCCAAGUGGAACUUCCCUCAACAGCCCAGACGCAGCCCCCGCCUCAGCCCUUUACUCAGCCCCCUACCACACCGCUGUCUCAACCAGGCACCAGUCUGGACAACCGGGUGCCUACGCCAGCCUCGGCUGCUAGCGCUGACCUGCACUCGCAGCAUGCCACAGCAGACUUGCCGCCUACGGAGGUCAAAGGAGAGGCACGCCAAGAUCAACAAGAUUUUGGCCAUACUGGCGGCAAACAUGAAAUCAAGAUGGAGACUGAUGAAGACUCUAGUACCUCAUCAACGAAGAAGGAGGAGCCACAAAUGAAGCAGGAGUCAAUGGAGGUAGAGGAGAAAAAGAUUGAACUGAAGACAGAGCCCAAAGAGGAGGAAGCAGAGGGAGCCAACAGAACCUCCUCUUCAUCGCCCUCUCGGAAGAAAGUCUUUAAGCCAGAAGAGUUGCGCCAAGCUCUGAUGCCGACUUUGGAAUCUCUCUACAGACAGGAUUCAGAGUCACUGCCCUUUAGACAGCCUGUUGACCCCAUGCUUCUGUGUAUUCCGGACUACUUUGACAUUGUUAAAAACCCAAUAGAUCUGUCCACAAUAAAACGCAAACUAGACACAGGCCAAUAUCAAGAUCCUUGGCAGUAUGUGGAUGAUGUCUGGCUAAUGUUCAACAAUGCAUGGCUGUACAAUCGUAAGACAUCUCGUGUGUAUAAGUGCUGCUCCAAACUGGCCGAGGUGUUCGAGGUGGAGAUUGACCCUGUCAUGCAAAGCUUGGGCUACUGCUGUGGGAGGAAGUUUGAGUUUUCUCCUCAAACUCUCUGUUGCUAUGGGAAACAGCUAUGCACCAUCCCAACUGGAGGCACAUACUUCAGUUAUCAGAACAGGUACCAUUUUUGUGAGAAAUGCUUCAAUGAGAUUCAGGGAGAGAGCGUGACGUUAGGAGAUGACCCUGCACAACCACAGACGAUGAUCUCAAAAGACCAAUUUGAAAAAAAGAAGAAUGAUGUACUAGAACCUGAGCCGUUUGUUGAAUGUAAAGAUUGUGGAAGAAAAAUGCACCAGAUAUGUGUCUUGCACUACGAGGUCAUUUGGCCAUCUGGAUUCGUCUGUGACAACUGUUUGAAGAAGAGUGGCAAAACACGGAAAGACAACAAGUUCUCUGCAAAAAGACUACAGUCAACGCGACUGGGAAUGUAUAUAGAGGAUCGCGUCAAUAAAUUCCUUAAGAGACAGAACCAUCCAGAGGCUGGAGAGGUGUUUGUGCGGGUGGUUGCAAGCUCUGACAAAACAGUGGAGGUUAAACCAGGCAUGAAAGCUAGAUUUGUAGACACAGGUGAAAUGCCUGAGACUUUUCCCUAUCGAACCAAAGCACUUUUUGCCUUCGAAGAGAUUGAUGGCGUUGACGUGUGCUUCUUUGGCAUGCAUGUACAGGAGUACGGGUCUGAAUGCCCAUACCCCAACACUAGACGAGUCUACAUAUCGUACCUUGACAGUAUUCACUUCUUCAAACCUCGACUUUUACGAACAGCAGUGUACCAUGAGAUCCUCAUUGGUUAUCUAGAAUAUGCUAAGAAACUUGGCUAUGCUCAAGGUCACAUUUGGGCCUGUCCACCAAGUGAGGGGGAUGACUACAUUUUCCACUGCCACCCUUUUGAGCAGAAGAUUCCUAAACCUAAGAGACUCCAGGACUGGUAUCGGAAGAUGCUAGACAAAGCUUUUGGAGAAAGGAUCUUGCACGACUAUAAGGAUAUUUUCAAACAGGCAACUGAGGAUCGUCUAACCAGCGCCAAUGAGUUGCCCUACUUUGAAGGUGAUUUCUGGCCUAAUGUGCUAGAAGAAAGCAUCAAGGAGCUGGAGCAGGAGGAGGAGGAAAGAAAGAAAGAAGAAAACACUGCAGCCACUGAAACUCCUGAGGGCACUCCAAGUGACAGCAAAAAUGCUAAGAAGAAAAACAAUAAGAAGACUAAUAAAAACAAGAGCAGCUUGAGCCGAACCAACAAGAAGAAGCCUGGAAUGCCGAAUGUAGCUAAUGAUCUGUCCCAGAAGCUUUAUGCCACCUUGGAGAAGCACAAAGAGGUGUUCUUUGUAAUCCACCUCCACUCUGCUCCCAUGAUCAACACCUUGCAUCCCAUCAUUGACCCUGACCCCCUGCUCUCCUGUGACCUAAUGGAUGGCCGGGAUGCUUUCCUGACUUUGGCCAGGGACAAACAUUGGGAGUUCAGCUCUCUCAGGCGGUGCAAGUGGAGUACAAUGUGCAUGCUGGUUGAGCUGCACAAUCAGGGACAGGACCGCUUUGUCUACACUUGCAACGAGUGCAAGCACCAUGUGGAGACACGCUGGCACUGCACUGUGUGUGAGGACUUUGAUCUUUGCAUUAGUUGUUAUAACGCAAAGGGCCAUGAGCACCAAAUGGUGAAAUGGGGUCUAGGCCUGGAUGAUGACAACAGCCAGGGCGGUGAGGCUUCAAAGAGUCCACAGGAAAGCCGACGUUUAAGCAUCCAACGUUGCAUCCAGUCUCUUGUCCACGCUUGUCAGUGUCGCAAUGCUAACUGCUCUCUGCCGUCCUGCCAGAAGAUGAAAAGAGUGGUGCAGCACACAAAGUGCUGCAAACGGAAAACAAACGGUGGCUGUCCUGUAUGCAAACAACUUAUUGCUUUAUGCUGUUACCAUGCAAAAAACUGUCAAGAGAACAAGUGUCCUGUCCCAUUCUGCCUGAAUAUCAAGCACAAGCUUCGCCAGCAGCAGCUUCAACACAGACUUCAGCAGGCUCAGUUAAUGAGGAGAAGAAUGGCUACCACGCAAGGCAGAACAAUGCCGCUACCGUCCCCACCUGCAUCAGCUGCUCCAAGUACCCCCACUUCCCAUGCCACGCCCAACACACCUCAGACACCACAGCAGCCACUCUCCAAUCAGCCUCUGACCCCCAACUCAACAGGAGGCAUGUCUCCUUCUUUCCCCAAUGCACCUCGCAAAGGACAGCCUCAAGCAGCUGUGUCCCAGGGUAAGCCAGGGCCCCAUGUCUCUCCUCUACAUCAGCAGCAAUCCCCAGUACCACAGCCAACUCAGCCACAGCAAAUACAACAGCAGCCUCCCCUGGCUGCUGUCAAAAUGGCACGACACAUCGAAUUGAUGGCCCAAGCCCAACAGAACCAGCAAAACUACCUGGUCAACAUGAACGGCUUGCCCAUGAAUCCCCAGCAGCCUCUACAGCGCAUGACGGGACCAAUGCAACCACCUAUGCAGAUGGUACCGGGGCCUAGGGGACCACAAGUCAUGCAACCAAACAUGGCCCCAGGUCAAUGGCCUGGCGCUCCAGGGCCUAUGCAGGCAACACAGACUCAACAACCAGGCCUUGUCCCAGGCCAGACCCCACCACAGCCCAUGACCCUGCAGCGAGCCAUGAUGACCCCAGGACAGCAGCCCCAGGGGCAGAGAAUGCUCAUACCACACCAGCCUGGUGCACGGCCUCAAGCACCACAAAGACCUGGUGCUAUAGCCCCCAAUGCCCUCCAUGAUCUUCUUCGCACACUCAAGUCUCCUAGCUCGCCCGAGCAACAGCAACAAGUUCUCAACAUCCUCAAAUCCAACCCUCAGCUCAUGGCUGCUUUUAUCAAACAGCGAACAGCCAAGUAUCACGCCAACCAACCACAACAGCAGCAACCAGGUCAACAACAGCCGCCUGGUUUGCCCACGAUGCAGGCGCUGGCCUUGCCUGGAGGAACUGUGCAAAGGCCAGGAAUGCCAUCUCAACAGCCCCAGCAGCCUCUGGCUCAGGGUAUGGCGACGUUGGGGCCUCAAGGCCAGCUGAUGAACGCAGCACAUACCAACCCACAAAUUCAAGAGCUUUAUCGCCGGCAACUCUUGAGACAGCAGCAGCAGCAGCAGCAACAACAACAACAACAACAGCAACAACAACAGCAGCAGCAGCAACAAGGCGUGAUGCCACAGGGCCACCCCAGCCAGUUCCCCGCACAGGGUACAGCAACUACGUACUCUCAGCUCCGCAUACAACAACAACAGCAACAGCAGCAGCAGAUUCAAGCCAUGCAAGCAGGAGCAGGCGGAGGGCCCAUGGGGCAGCUCCCACCCAUGGCACAGAUGGCACAGCCUGGCAUGGGAUUAGACCCUUCUCAGAAUCUGCUACAUCAACGCAUGCUUCAGCAGCAGCAGCAGCAGCAGCAGCAACAACAACAACUUCCCCAGCAGCAGGCCGUCCUCAAGCAACAGAUGGGCUCUCCUGCCCAGCCUAGCCCCAUGAGCCCCCAGACCCACUUGCUUGCCGGUCAGGGUGGGCCACAUCUCCCCGGCCAGCCCACACUAGUCAACAGUCUCAGCAACCAAGUGCGCUCGCCUGUGCCAGUUCAAUCCCCCUGUCCGACCUCACAGCCACCGCCACAUUCCAGUCCCUCGCCGCAUAUUCAGAACCAACCGCAGCCGUCGCCGCAACACCCGCCUCCGUCUCACUCAAUUUCUCCCCAUCCAGGACUCGGGGGCCCUUUGUCAGGGUCCUUAGAACAGGCACACUUGGGGACACCAGAACAAAGCGCCAUGCUACCGCAGCUUAACCCUCCCAACAGGGGGGUGUUAAAUAGUGACUUAAGCAUGGUGGGAGAUGCUACAGGUGACACGCUAGAGAAGUUUGUGGAGGGUUUGUAGCAUUUCUGCUGCGAAAUGAAGAACUAUGUCCCAAUUGUCCUGAUUUCCCCUCAGACUCUUUUAUGAAAGAGUGCUUUGUUCUUUCUACUAUUGAGAUUGUUUUUGUACCUGUUAUAAAAGCUGUUGUAAAAACAAAAAAGAAAAUUGUUAAGAGGAAAAAUAAAAAUCCAACAUCCCAUUGGGAUUACAAUA